AUGCCUGAUAAGACGCUCGAGUUUAAGACAAAGGCUUGUCAUGGUGGAAAAGUGAAUAAAGAAAGGUUAACAGCUAUGGUUUGUGCAAACAUGAGUGGCACAGAAAAAUUGCCAUUGCUUGUUCUAGGAAAGUCAGAAAAACCUAGAUGCUUCAAAAAUGUUCGCACCCUUCCCACUCAGUAUAAAGCAAAUAAGAAAGCUUGGAUGACUGCAAAAUUCUUUAAGACAUGGGUCAGAGAGGUAGACGAGAAAAUGCACAAGCAAGGGCGUAAAAUAGCCCUAGUUAUUGACAACUGCCCGGCACAUCCCAAAAAGAUAAAAAAUUUGCAUGCUACAGAGCUUGUCUUUCUUCCUCGUAAUUCCACAAGUGUCACUCAACCUAUGGACCAAGGUGUUAUAAAAAACCUUAAAGUGCACUAUAGGAAGCAGGUUGUAGCUAAAAAGAUAAAAGCAGUUGAUAACAACAAGGACUUCAGUAUAUCUGUCCUAGACGCUCUUCGUAUGAUGCGUCAUGCCUGGUCUCAAGUCACCAGCACAACAAUUAAGAAUUGCUAUCGUCAUGCUGGCUUUACAUCUACUCAGACAACAGAUGUUGAGUCUGAAGAUGAUGCUGAUGAUGAUAUUCCUUUGAAUCAGCUCGCUAGCAUUCUUGGCACAAGGGUGUCAAUGGACGAUUACGUCAACAUCGACGAUGAACUUCAGGCAACUGAAGCAAUUUCUGAUAAUGACAUAUUGUCUGAAUUAUUGGAGGCUCGCUCAGUAGAUGAUGAUUCUGACAAUGACGAUACGAUCGAAUCCACGAUCCAACUCCAGCACAGAUUUCUACUAAACAGGCGACUGAGGCAUGUGACACAAUUCGAGCAUUUCUUGAAUCCAUAG